UGUGUGUGUGUGUGUGUGUGUGUGUGUGUGUGUGUGUGUGUGUGUGUGUGUGUGUGCGUGUGUGUGUGUGUGUGUGUGUGUGUGUGUGUGUGUGUGUGUGUGUGUGUGUGUGUGUGUGAAAAUUAUAAUACAAGUAGAAAACAGCAAAUGUCGCGUGAAGCCUGCCUGUCAGCAUUUUGCCAAUUCGCCUUUUGUAUUUGUUUGUAACUUUUCAUGGAGCAAAAAUAAAUUUCGUCAUACUCUCAUCAGGAGGCUUCUCAUAGCCCGAUAUGUUUUUCACCCGAGCCAAACGCGGUAAAUUCCUACAUCUCUGCAACCCCAAGCAAAAGGGUUGUAAAUAACAGUUUCUCUUCGAAUCAGGAUGUGAAAUGGGCACGAGUUAAAAGCGGGUUGUUCGUGCUAUUGACACAAUCUAGCUGUUUUCUAAAACACUGUACGGUUUCGAAAUUUUUGAAGUCCAUCGGUUUGUACUGUGAUAAUCCACACCUAUCUCUGUAUUAAACUACAAGGACAGUGGUGUGUUAAACGGGGAGUAGCCUCCAAAAGUUGAAUGAACAACGAUCUAAAAAUACAGAUCUAUGAAUUAUUAUACAACUUCAGAAUAUAGGCAGAGUGUAGUUUAAACUUAUUUAAAUUUGAAUUAGGUUUGAUCCUGGCUUCUAAUAUGGCCCCUUCAGAAGCGUGUGCAGUAGAAGGAAGUGGUGUGACCCACGACCAUCACACUGACAUCCAGAGAAACAAACAACACUUAACCAUCGCUCCAGAAUAUACGUGAAACCAAAUCGUUAAGAACUUGAUCUGAACAAACACUUACCAUCAUUUAUAUCUACUCUUCAUCUGCUGGCUGCAUUACUGUCAAUACACACGUGGUCAGGUUUCUUAGUCGCCCGUUUCAGUUGGACAUUGCUGUAUUCUAAAGGUCCAGUCUCUUCUUAGUAAUAGUUAAACUAAACUUAUACACUUACCGACUCUGCUCUUUAACGAGUCAGUCGUUUUUUUUUUUUUCUCUUGUCCUAUCUUACUGUACACGUUGAUUAAAAAGGGUCCUGCUGCGAGCCCCGCAGCCCCGUGGCCGUUAUCUACUCGAACCUCUCGGCUAUGUUAGCCUAACGUAUUUUAAGCAAUCCCCUUUUGGAGCAAACUCGGUACUAAAAAGAAGCAAGCAUUGACAUUUACAUGUCAAACGGAUGAAGGUUUUUAUCUCCAAGUUAGAUCGUAAAAAUCAACCCAGGCCUCCGACUGAUACCUCUCACUGGCUCACUGGCAGUCACGUGGGGUCCAUAAAGUUAGUUUUAUGGUUUUGGGGAGUUGACAAUGUACUAUAUAUUUCACAUUCGAGAAUGCAAGUGACGGUUUAACGGCUUCGCGGGGAUUGUAAAGGGGUCAGUAAAGUAGACGGAGCAGGAGAGCAGAAGGGAGAGCGGAGCGGGCCAUUGCUAGUCCAGGACGCUAGUCCCACAGUCUGCAGUCUGCUUUCACAUGGACACUACCCGGAUCUCGGACGUUUUCGGGUGCGAAUAUCAGAGGAAGGAAUGAGCCGGAGAGCGAGGCCACGCACAAGCGACAAGACCCCUUCUGCCAUGCGUUGGAAAGGGAGGGAGCGGGAGAGAGAAGAAAAGAAUAAGAAGAUGUCUUGGAAGACAGUUGACUCCCCCUCCCCACACCCCCCCCCCCCCCCCACACACACACACACACACACACACCUGCCCCCACCUCUCACAACCAAUCUCCACUUUUAAGUAGCCAAGAAGUAUACGACUAAAAAAAAAAAAAGUGUUUCUUGAUCCUUGGGAGGAGAAUAAAUGUGCCAGAAGAAAACGCAAGGCAGUCACUGGAAAAUCACCACGUCCGCAGGGAAGAUGGCCAGGAAGUUAGCUGCGGCACGAAGUUACAAGUUUGGACGAGGAGCUUUGUGGAAGCCGUUUUCUUCACUCAAAACAACACAAAAUAAAAAGUCUCUCGGUCAGAUUCCAAGGGGCCGUUGGAGAGAGACAGUCACGUGACACCCGUUGCCAAAUGGUCUUCCGGCAGCGCCUCUCAACAAGGACCGGAGAAACAGAAGAAGCCGCCCCUUCUCUUGGAAAUGCAGAAAACCACGUAUUACGACAACUCCUCAACGCUUUUCGGUGGCUACUCGUCGUACCAGGUCCAGGGGGCGGCGGCUGCGGCGGCGGUCAACGGCUUCGGCGGCUACGAUGCUGUCCCCGUGUCCCACCACCAGCCCAGCUUCCAGUCGGCCAGCCACCUGGACGUGGACUCGUAUCAGCGCUCGGCGUGCUCCCUGCAGUCCCUGGGCGGCGGCGGGGGGGGGAGUAGCGGCGGCGGCGGCGGCGGCGGCGGCGGCGGCGGUGGCGGGGGUCUCCAACAGCAACACUUGGCCAAGAGCAAGGAGCUGAACGGCAGCUGCAUGCGGCCCAGCCUGCCCCCCGAGCACCACCCGGGCGCCCAGGCGUCCCCCCCGCUGCCCCCCAGCGCCAGCAACGCCCAGCCGCCCGGUGGGGGGGUCGGCAGUUCGGUGACGGCGUCGUCGGUCGGUAAGCCGGCCAAUCCCAGCAAGCCGUCCAACGCGUCGGACUCGCCGUCGGCGGCGGCCUCCUCCCUGCCCCCCAAUCCCACCAUGACCAAGCAGAUCUUCCCCUGGAUGAAGGAGUCGCGGCAGAACACCAAGCAGAAGAACGGCUCCCCCAGCUCAAACUCGGCCAACGCGCUAGGAGGAGGAGGCGAGAGCGGCAGUGGCGGGGAAAAGAGCCCCCCCGGCAGCUCCUCGGCCGCCUCCAAGCGGGCGCGCACCGCCUACACCAGCGCCCAGCUGGUGGAGCUGGAGAAGGAGUUCCACUUCAACCGCUACCUGUGCCGGCCCCGGCGCGUGGAGAUGGCCAACCUGCUCAACCUGUCUGAGAGGCAGAUCAAGAUCUGGUUCCAAAACCGACGCAUGAAAUACAAGAAGGACCAGAAGUCUAAAGGUUUGGGCUCCAGCUCCGGGGGGCCCUCGCCGACCGGCUCCCCGCCCCUGACCAUGCAGUCCACUGCUGGCUUCCUGAACUCCAUGCACUCCAUGGGGGGCGGGGGCUACGACGCCCCUUCGCCGCCCUCUUUCGGCAAGCCCCACCAGAGUGUGUCCUACUCCAUGUCCACUGCCUACCCCAACGUCUCCAUGAAGAGCUGCCCUUCACAGCAGAAGUACGGCGCUCCGGCCCCGGACUAUGCGGACCCUCACGGCCACCAUGGCCUACUGCAGGCCAACAGUGCUGGAUAUGGGACCCCCAACAAUAUGCAGGCCAGCCCUGUGUAUGUGGCAGGGGGCAGCUACGUUGAGCCCAUGUCUGGUGGCGGGCCUACCAUGUACGGGCUAAACCACCUGGGCCCCACGCCCCCUCACCACCAAUCCAUGGACUACAGUGGUGCGACCGCCAUGUCGACCGGCAACCAGCAUCACGGGGGUGGAGUAGGAGGGCCCCCGGGCCCUUGUGACCCCCCCCCACACUCAACUUACACAGAGCUGUCGGCACACCACACCUCGACUCAGGGCAGAAUCCAGGAAGCACCCAAGCUCACUCACCUGUAGCAGGUUUGAAAACAAAAUAACUAUGAUGGAGUGAAGUGGAGAAAGAUGAUGGAAUGACUAACAUGAUGCCAUUGGCUAACAGGUUCUACCCGGUCGAUGGGGACUGGGUGGAGGGAGAGCGAAAAAAGAGAUUGGGUGUGUGUGACAAUCCAGUGGUUUAUGUUGCUCAGGAAAGGUCCAAACUUGUUUGAAGUACUACCAAUUUGUCAGCCACUAUAACAUCAAGUCAAUUGAUGCUAUUCAAUUAGUAGAUGAUUAGAAGUGUACCACCGCCAUACAUAUAGGACCCAGUUUCCAUAUAGUGGAUAGGCAGAAGGUUCUAGCACCAGACCAGUUUGCACCUAUACAUACCUAGAGUAGGCUGAUAAAUGAUAGUUGGCUAGAGUUUUGAUAACGUUGGACAAAGAUUGGAAAUGAUUGGAAAUGAUUGGAAAGGAUUGUUUGACUUAGAACUACCUCAUGUUACUACAAUGCCAUAUUAGGACAACUUUUUACAAGGUUCAGGGUUUUUCUUGCAUCAUUUGAGGUAUUGUGGUUAGAGUUAGGUUUAUUCAAUUUAUACCUCACAUUUCUUAUUUUGAUGUACGCCAUAGUACAUAUAACUGGAACUGUUAUCGUCCAAAAGCAGUGGAGGACCAAAUCCAUGUACAUAGCUAGCAAUACUUCCCCACGCAUCUUUGGAGAAUUGCUAACAAUACUGAAAUCUGCUGUUGGACUUUCCACAGCUUUAAUGCUUGGAUUUCAAACUUAGUAAAUACUGACUGUCCUGAGAGUUGGUCACCUUAGUACACCCUGGUAGCCUUUAUAAAUGUUAGGGAUGGAGCCUAGUUGGGCCUAGCAUGUAGGUUGGAAAUAGACAUAGUGCGAGGGAAACAUCUGCGGUACACCUUAUGCUUCUGCUUCACUGUGGCUUGGAAUGCUUUAAAGGCAUGUUUUUAUGAUGGCAUCCACCCCCAUUUCGUACAUACACACACACACACACACACACACACACACACACACACACACACACACACACACACACACACACACACACACACAAACACACACACACACACACACACACACACACACACACAAACACACACACACACACACACACACACACACACACAGCUCCCAUUGCCGAAGCAAGGAGUACAUGAUAUAUGGAGGGUAGACUUUUUAAUGGUGGUUAACGAGGUGGUUAGAUUAAUGAUGCUGGCAGCUCUAUUACUCCAAGGAGCACAUCUUAUUGUCAGUCCUGCUGAGUUAUGGGUGUAGGGCUCUUCUGUGUGGAGGUGUGCGGAGGUAAGGGGAGGAUAGGUGGGGAAGCACACAGGCCUGCAGCAACAACAACAACAAAAUAUUCACCAAAAGAAAACCAAGUCCCAGCUACUCUAUGCUCCUCACUUUGAAGAGGGAACAAGCAUAAACCACUGGAUUGUUGCCUUUCUAUAUGUCUCUCUCUCUCUCUCUCUCUCUCUCUCUCUCUCUCUCUCUCUCUCUCUCUCUCUCUCUCUCUCUCUCUCUCACUCUCUCUCUUUCUCUCUCUCUCUCUCUCUCUCUCUGUCUCUCUCUCUCUCUCCCUCCUCCUCUCUCGCUUUCUCUCUUUCUCCCUCUAAAUAUCUCCUGCUAUUUCCCUACUGUCGUUUGUCUUGGGGAGCAGCAUCAUUCACUGAAGCAUGCUUCUUACAAUCCCGCAUAUUCCCCUCAUACUCCCGCCACAACCGCACACACGUGCACGUACCAACACGCACACACACCAACACGCACACGCACACAAACACACAGACAUACACAAAUCUUCUAAACCUUGCAAUAGGUGGAUUACUUAAACCCUUAAAAGUGUUAGCAGUUAUCCAGGCUGGUCUUGUACUCAUACAUGGACAUGUAAAAUGUAAGAAUAUCUUAGCCUUUUACACACAAACACAAACACACGCACACACACACUCACAGCUAUGCUACUUCUUCUUUUUGCUGACACAUGUUCAAAGCCAGGCUAUGCCAGCUGUUGACAUCUUAACACAAACAUACAUGAGAGAAACAUUCAAAAAAAAUAAUGUUCUUAUUUUAGCACAACAUUGAGACAGGGUAAAAAAAGGAGUGGAAAACUCUUUCUUUAUAUAUGUGUGAGUCUUUGGCCCCUCCUUUAUGUCUGUCUGUCUCUGUCUGUCUGUCUCUGUCUGUUUUGUCUUUUUCUGUCUUCCUCUCUCCCUCUCUUUUCUCUCGGUCUCUGAGGGGUCAGUCACGUAAGCGGACACUAAGGUGAAAAAGAGCAAUUAUUGUUAUUAUUUUAUUAUUGUUUUUGGUUCACACAUAUCAACUUUUAACAUGGAAACAGGGUAUAUAUUUGAACAAAAAUGCAUGUCAUGGAUGAAAAGCAGAUGUGUGCUAGACCUAAAAGAAACACUUUGUUCACUUUUGAUGACAUUAGUGAUGGCAGUUUGGACAACGUACAUCCUUGAGCUACAUUUCAACAACGUGUGUGUAUUUAGUGAUUCAAUAUGAUCACAUUUUCCAACAACACAAAACAAACUAACCUAUAAUCAUAACCCACUUCGUCAAUCGUCUAUUGUCUUCUUGGCAUUUUGAAUACCAACCCUUUUUUGGCAGUUGUUUCUCCAACACACAUUGAAAAGUAGCACAAGUAGUACUUGGGUAUCGCCAAACUCCUCUCGCUGAUCGUCGUAAGAGGCUAGACUUACUAUGCUUGCUACAUCCAGACAUCAUUGUUGCACUUAGAGUUUACAUUUUGAUGGUUAAAGUUACAGAAAAAAAAAAAAAAAUGAAAUCUUAUUUUAAAGACGGAAGAUCCUGCAAUCAAAGCGUCUUUGGCUAAUGUGUGUUCAAGUGAACAUUCAAAUAUAAAUAUUUAUUUGUUAUAACCGUUUAAAAUACUUUCUGUUUUGUAAUAUUAUUAUUAUUUAUCCUUCAUGUAUUUAUAUCGACAAAAAAUACUGUACUUUUUUAGUAUUUACCAGUUAUGAAAGGGAAAAGGCAUUGUGUUUCUUCUUGUCCAUUGUCCCGAAGUUAAUUUUUUUUAGUUAUUGUAUUUUAGAAGGAAAAAAAGUAGUUUUUAUCUUCCUAUUAUGACCCUUGUUCAUAAAUGUCUUGACUUGUACAGGGAAAAUGCUCAGAAGUGAAUCGGGGACCCGGCCAUGCAUAGUCAGAAAAUUUAGACAAACUAUUAGCUGGCGAAAAAGAGCAAGUCUUUUUUUGAAAAAACAGUUACCUUUCUUUGUCCUUUGUAGAUUAUUUUUCUUUCCUUGUUGAGAGAGUUGUCUGUCGAGCAAUUCUUUAAUAAAAUGUUAUGUUAUUCAGA